AUGGCAGCUGUAUCCAUAUCACCCUCGCCCGUCUCCUCAUAUCCUUCCAUCAUGUCCACCUCCACCAGACGGGUCCCUCUAUCCUCCAAUCCGAAUGUCGCCAACUCGCCCAUCCGGAACACCUCGGCCCUCGCCGCCGCCCUGAGCAAGCAGAGACAGCAGAAGAGAGCCUAUGCCAGUGUGCAGAGGGAGGAGCCCUAUGGACAGCCGCCUCCGGCCAAGAAGCAGAUGCUCAACGACGGCUCCGAGAAGCCUGCAAGAUCUCCCGUCAGACAGGUUAAGGUCGUCCGCCGGGAUCCUACCAGGCUACCCAAGGACGACAAGGCAUUCCAAGAGAAGAACUCCAAGUCCCAACGAGAGGAAGAGAGAGCUCGUGUCCACCAGUGGAAGGAGGCCCAGCGUCGCAACUUCCCUCGCUUCGUUUUCUACUUUGAGAGCGUGCCCAAUGACCAGAGGUCCAAAAUUGUGAAGCAGUUGGCCCACUGGGGUGCUCGAGAGGAGAAGUUCUUCUCUAAAGACAUCACUCAUGUCAUAACCACGCGUCCUAUUCCUGCCGCCAAAAAGGCUUCUGACCCCCACCCUACCACCGACACAACAACCUCGAAUCAUGAUCGACGCGAGCAGUAUGACAUGCCCAGGACUAUUGACCCGUCUUUGCUCAGCCGCGACACGAGCGCCAAGGAUGUUAGAAGGAGACUGCUCGAGAGCACCGGCCGGAAGCUGGCCGCACCCGCUCCUGUCGAGGAUAGCCUGCUUCGUCAGCCCACAGCCGGCCGAAAGACAGACAUAUUGGUGCGAGCCCGUGAGAUGGAUAAGAAGAUUUGGGCAUUCAGCAAACUGGUCAAGAUCCUGGAGAUGUUGAAUGAUCCGGACCCUUUUGGAACCGCCGCUGCUCCCAAGGCAACCGAGGAAGCCAACUUGGCUCAGCUUCUUAACAAGGAACGAACCAGUGGCCCCUCUGAUAGAGAUCCAACUGUGGCUACGAAAGAGCUCAUCUUUUUCAAGGGACCUUACAUCUAUGUCUAUGACAUUGAGGAGAAGCAGAAGCCCAUCAUGGUCAGGGAGUAUGCCAAGGUUGCCGAUAAGAAGGAUGGGGAUUGGCCACAGUUCCGAUCAACCCAGCAUGGCCGAUGCCCGUUUGUGGAGGACGACGAGUCGAGCGAGCGGAAGCGUCAGGCAGAAAAGGUUGCGAGGGAAAAGGAACGACAAGAGAAGGCCGCCACGGACGCUGCCUCUACGCUGAAGCCACCUCCCGUUCCGACUGCGAAGCCUGCCGUGUCGAAACGAACCCUCACAGAGAUGGAGGAUGGUCACAAUAUUCGAUCCACUUCCUCGCGAGUCCCCGAGGUGUUUGAUCUCGCCAAAGCUGCUAACCCUCCCACCCUUGAUUUCUCGCGGCCUCAGAAUGCCUUCACCAGUCGAGCACGGUCAGCUCGUCUCCUCGCCGGUGAGCCGGUCGCAUCUGGUGUGCAGAAGUCUAACAUCACAUCUGCAAUCCGUUCUCAGAUGAUCUCGUCCGCGACUGGUAUCCGCAGUGCCAAGGCAGGAACCAGCAAGGAGCUUUACGGUCUUCAGCGCCAGGUUCUUGAGAAGAGCAAUGCACCGUCUGCCAACCCUACCUCACAGGAUAUGAGCUCACGUCGUCUCGCUGAGAUGAGUCUUGACACAAGUACAUACCAGCGCUCGGCUAGUCUCGGGCUUGGAUCUCGCAAGCUGGCUCAGAUUGACGAGGAGCGCUCGAAGGAACACAAGAGGACCCAUAGCGUUCCGGUCUCUGCUCCUGCCCCUAAGGCAAAGAAGCGUGAUCUGAAGCCUGGUUAUUGUGAGAACUGCCAGGACAAAUUUGCCGAUUUUGAUGAGCACAUCCUCUCUAGAAAGCAUCGCAAGUUCGCCGAAAACGAUGCAAACUGGGCCAAGUUGGACAACCUCCUAGGCCAACUCGAGCGCAUACCCAAAUAUUCGGACGAACUGGGCGAAGAGCACUCGGACUGGUGA